CCGUAACCAGUUAACACUUAAACGUAACAUUUACAUCUAAUUUCGCUAUAAAUUUCCGGGUUCCUGGCUAGAUUCUUUGUGUCGUCGAGUUACGCUUCUUUAGAAUUCUGGUCAGCUAAGCACUCUCGCAACUAAAGACUCAGAUCCGUUCGGCAUUAUCUUUCCAGGCUUAGAAUGGAGACCUUUCUAUUCACAUCUGAGUCAGUAAACGAGGGUCACCCUGACAAGCUUUGUGACCAGAUCUCUGAUGCAGUGCUUGACGCCUGCCUCGCUCAGGACCCUGACAGCAAGGUUGCCUGUGAAACAUGCACCAAGACUAACAUGGUCAUGGUGUUUGGAGAGAUUACCACCAAGGCCAAUGUAGACUACGAGAAGAUUGUCCGUGACACAUGCCGCUCCAUUGGAUUUGUUUCUGAUGAUGUGGGUCUUGAUGCUGAUAACUGCAAGGUCCUUGUUAAUAUUGAGCAGCAGAGUCCUGAUAUUGCCCAGGGUGUCCAUGGCCACUUUACAAAGCGUCCCGAAGAGAUUGGAGCCGGUGACCAGGGCCACAUGUUUGGUUAUGCUACUAAUGAGACCCCUGAACUUAUGCCCCUAAGCCAUGUCCUCGCAACUAAGCUUGGGGCUUGUCUUACUGAGGUUAGGAAGAAUGGGACUUGCCCUUGGCUAAGGCCUGAUGGUAAAACCCAGGUUACUGUUGAGUACAACAACGAUAAUGGAGCUAUGGUUCCGGUUCGUGUUCACACUGUCCUCAUCUCCACCCAGCACGACGAGACUGUUACUAACGAUGAAAUUGCUGCUGACCUCAAAGAGCAUGUUAUCAAGCCUGUCAUCCCUGAAAAGUACCUCGAUGAGAAGACAAUCUUCCACCUUAACCCAUCUGGUCGCUUUGUCAUUGGUGGCCCUCACGGUGAUGCUGGUCUUACUGGACGUAAGAUCAUCAUUGACACUUAUGGUGGCUGGGGAGCCCACGGUGGUGGUGCAUUUUCCGGAAAAGAUCCUACCAAGGUUGACAGGAGUGGUGCUUACAUUGUUAGGCAGGCUGCUAAGAGCAUUGUAGCAAAUGGCCUUGCCCGAAGGUGCCUCGUGCAAGUCUCCUAUGCAAUUGGUGUGCCCGAGCCCUUGUCUGUCUUCGUUGACAGCUACGGAACUGGAAAGAUUCCAGACAAGGAAAUUCUCCAAAUUGUGAAGGAGAACUUCGACUUUAGGCCUGGCAUGAUCACAAACAACCUGGACCUCAAGAGGGGUGGCAAUAACCGGUUCUUGAAGACAGCUGCCUAUGGACAUUUUGGAAGGGACGACCCUGACUUCACCUGGGAAGUUGUGAAGCCCCUCAAGUGGGACAAGUCUCAAUCUUAAACCAAGCUUUGCCCAUCCCUCCUGCUCACUGCUUGCUUUAUCCACAGUGCUGAAUAAUCCUCGUGUUUCUUACCCUAUAUCUAAGCCAUCCCCUGAAUGUUUCUAAUCUACAUAUGAUGUGCCCCAUUCAUUUUUUUCCCUUUGCUAUUUGUAAUUUUAUAUUGGUUUAUCUGAUUUUAUGCGCCCUUUAUUGA